GAACACAGAUCGCUGUACAGGACCUAGGUGUGAGGUCCCCAUUCAUGUGAUCACUGACUGCCAAUUAGUGAUCACAAGAAUAGUAGUAAACAAGAUGUCACUUCCUGACAUUAUUGCUUACUACGUGUGAAAUCUGUGAAUGAUCACAGAGAAGUCACAUGGUACGAUGCUAUUCACAACAGCUUUGUACCAUGUGACAAGCUGUGACCAAUCACAGCUCUCACAGUAUUUCUCAAUGGCUGUAGGAAUGCAGCCAGAGAGAAGGAGAAAUGAUUUUGCUUUAUGGGUGUAAAAGCAAUCAAUGUAAGAAAA